CACCUCAUCGCUUCUGCACAAAAAACACAUUAACGUAUUAGAUAUUUCCCUUUUUCUAUAUGACUCUUUUAUAUAUGACAUAUUUGAUACUUUCUUAAUCCCCACUAUUUCAGUCAUACAUCAUAUUAGUGUUUACUUGAAAAACUUUUGUGAUAGUAUACUAUGCGUAACAUUUUAAGUUAAAAGGGUGUAUCAUUGACGAUUUUCUUUGUUAGAAGUUAUUUCUUCAUCAAUUCCUAUGCAUUUGUAAUUUUUUAAAUUCAAUUUUGAUAUAUUUGAAACAGGAAUUGUAGCAUGUAUCAAUCAAGAGUUUUACCCAGCAACACGGGGUAUUCAAAAGAUUCUAAUAUGAUAUGGCAACAAGGAAGCCAAUACUUACCAGAGUCUGGUAUUCAUUCAGGAGGAACUACCCAAGCCCAUUCUAUUAAUGACAAAGAAGAUGACUUGGAAAGAGAUCAAUUAAUCUAUGAACUAAAUCAAGGUUUUUCUCAUGGUUUUACCCAAGAUCAAGUUGACGAAAUGAACCAACAACUUAGUCAGUCUAGAACACAACGAGUUAGAGCUGCUAUGUUCCCAGAAACAUUAGAAGAAGGAAUCGAAAUACCCUCAACUCAAUUUAAUCAAGGCCAACUAACAGCUGUCCAACGCUUGGCUGAACCUAGCCAAAUGCUUAAGCAUGCAGUAGUAAAUUUAAUCAAUUAUCAAGAUGAUGCUGACUUAGCUACAAGAGCUAUUCCUGAAUUAAUAAAAUUGCUAAAUGAUGAAGAUCAAGUUGUUGUAUCACAAGCUGCCAUGAUGGUCCAUCAACUAUCCAAGAAAGAAGCUUCAAGACAUGCUAUUAUGAAUAGCCCACAGAUGGUAGCUGCUUUAGUUAAAGCAUUGACAAAUAGUAAUGACCUGGAAAUGACAAAAGGAGCUGUUGGUACUUUACAUAAUUUAUCUCAUCAUCGUCAAGGAUUAUUAGCAAUUUUUAAAAGUGGAGGAAUACCAGCUUUAGUAAAAUUAUUAAGUUCUCCUGUUGAAUCUAUUUUAUAUUAUGCAAUAACAACAUUGCAUAAUCUUUUACUUCAUCAAGAAGGUUCCAAAAUGGCUGUACGUCUAGCUGGUGGAUUACAAAAAAUGGUAGCACUUCUCCAAAGAAAUAAUGUUAAAUUUUUAACCAUUAUUACUGAUUGCUUACAAAUAUUAGCUUAUGGCAAUCAAGAAAGUAAAUUAAUUAUUCUAGCUUCUCAAGGACCUAUUGAGCUUGUUAGAAUUAUGCGUUCUUAUGAUUAUGAAAAGCUGUUAUGGACAACAUCAAGAGUUUUAAAAGUCUUAUCUGUGUGCUCAAGUAAUAAACCUGCAAUAGUGGAAGCUGGUGGUAUGCAAGCUUUAGCAAUGCACUUACAACAUGGUAGUCAAAGAUUAGUUCAAAAUGCUUUGUGGACAUUACGUAAUUUAUCUGAUGCAGGAACUAAAGUUGAUGGACUGGAACAAUUAUUGCAAUCAUUAGUAAUAGCUUUGAAUCAUUCCGAUGUUAACGUGGUUACUUGUGCUGCAGGAAUAUUAUCAAAUUUGACCUGCAACAACCAACGCAAUAAAGUUACAGUUGUACAAGUUGGAGGUGUAGAAGCUUUAGUUCAAACAAUUAUGAAUGCUGGUGAUCGUGAAGAAAUAACUGAACCAGCUGUUUGUGCUCUACGACAUUUAACCUCUAGACAUGUUGAAUCUGACAGUGCUCAAAAUGCAAUUCGGCAUAUUGGAGGAAUUCAAGUCAUAGUGAAAUUGCUUCAACCCCCAUCUCGUUGGCCACUAGUUAAAGCUGCUAUUGGACUUAUUAGAAAUGUAGCUCAGUGUCAAGGUAAUCAUGUACCACUUAGAGAGCAUGGAGCUAUUCAUCACUUAAUACGUUUAUUAAUGAGAGCAUUUCAAGAUAUCCAAAGAACAUCUACAAAUAGUAGUGUAGCAGGUUCAAAUAGAUCACAAUCUGGUGGUGUGUAUGCAGAUGGUGUACGCAUGGAAGAAAUAGUUGAAGGUACCACUGGUGCAUUACAUAUUUUAGCAAGAGAGUCACAUAAUCGAGUUCUCAUGCGCUCCCAACAAGGAUUAAUUGCAGUCCUUGUACAAUUACUAUUUAAUGAUAUUGAAAAUGUUCAAAGAGUUGCAGCAGGAGCAUUAUGUGAAUUAGCUAUUGAUAAAGAUGGUGCUGACAUGAUAGAAGCAGAAGGUGCAACUGCACCAUUAACCGAACUUUUACACUCUCGAAAUGAAGGAGUUGCUACUUAUGCAGCAGCAGUACUCUUUAGAAUGUCUGAAGAUAAACCCAAUGACUAUAAAAAAAGGUUAUCUGCUGAAUUAAGUAAUUCACUGUGCCGAGAAGAUCAAAAUACUUGGCCACCUGGUGAUCUUGGCAUGGGACCUGAUCUUCAGGAUGCAUAUGACUUGUAUGGUCAUGGACUAGGUAGUAUCCAUAAUGGAGUUGGGUCUUUGAGACAAAGCAAUUAUCACCAACAAUCAGGGUAUGACACGUUACCAAUAGAUUCAAUGCAAGGAUUAGAAAUAAGUUCUCAACCAGAAUCAAACUGCAGUCCAAUGGAUACAGGAAAUCACCAUACUAUUGAUUUUGGACACUUAGGUGAUCUACCUGAACCUCCACAUGAUAAUAAUCAAGUAGCAGCAUGGUAUGAUACAGACCUAUAAAAUACUAUUUAUAUUGCAUCUUAAUUUAAUUAAAAAAAUAUUAAGUAUUUAAUGUGUAUCAAAUAAGAAACUAUGUAACAUUAUAUAACUAAUUUUACUAUUAAACUAAGGAGUAGAUUUGUAGAAAUUAAAUAUAAUUAUUUAUUUAUAUAAAUACAUUUUGUAUUAUCAUCGGUUUUAUACUUGAGUAAAUAAAAAUGUGUUUUAAUAUAUUAAUACAAAAUGUAAAAAGUGAUAACUAAUUAUUGAUAAACUCUUUAUAGUUCCAAUACAAAUUUAAAAAACUUGUAGAACACUGAUAGUUGAAUUAUCAAUUUUUUUUUAUGAUAUCUGUAAUAAUAACAUUAUACUUAUCUAUGUUUUUGUAUACAAUUUUUUUUUGUGUUCAUAGAUUUAAAUAUUUAAUUUAUUUCAAUUUAUUUAUUUUUCCAAAAAAAUUGUUAACAUUCUCUUUUAAGCAUUUUUUGUAAUUUUAAUUUUCUUUAUUGAAAUAUUAUUGUUUUUUCAAUGUAUUUAAAACUUUAGUGAGUUGAUAAAAUUAUGAUAUACACAAAAUGAUUAAAAAAAUAUAUAUUACCGUAUUAGUUUUUUA